GGAAGAAGGAGGAGAUGAAGGAGGCCAGGCCAAGGGACGUCCCCGGCUCCGCCUCCGCCUCCUAGGCCGCGGCGGCCCCCUUCCAGCCGGGCUUGGCUCCCUGCCGCCUCCUCCUCCUCCUCCUCGGCGGGGCCUAGGAGCCCCACACGCCUCCUCCCUCGCCGCCCCGGGUCUCCUCCGAGCCCAGCAGCCCCGGCGCGGCCGCGACAUGUCCGGCAAGAUCGAGAAAGCAGACUCUCAGCGCUCCCACCUGUCUUCAUUCACCAUGAAGUUGAUGGACAAAUUCCAUUCACCAAAAAUCAAACGGACACCCUCCAAGAAAGGGAAGCAGCCUGACCUACUAAUAAAGACCCCAGAGAAAGUGGUGAACAAGAAUCUAACUUGGCUGGAGGAAAAGGAGAAGGAUGUUGUGAGUGCCUUGCGCUAUUUUAAGACCAUUGUUGAUAAAAUGGCCAUCGACAGCAAGGUGUUAGAAAUGCUGCCGGGAUCUGCAAGCAAAGUGCUGGAAGCCAUCUUGCCACUGGUCCAGACUGACCCUCGAAUCCAGCAGAGUUCUGCCAUCUCAUCCUGCUACAGUCGCGUGUACCAGAGUCUGGGCAAUUUGAUACGUUGGUCUGAUCAAGUGAUGCUUGAGGGCGUAAACUCUGAAGACAAAGAGGUGGUAAACACUGUAAAAGGGGUCAUCAAGGCAGUUCUGGAUGGUGUCAAGGAGCUUGUCAAACUCACAAUAGAGAAGCAAGAGCAUCCAUCCCCCACCAGCCCUGCCAAACCAAGCUUACCUGCAUGUGCAUCAGAAAGUCCUUCGGAGCUUCCCUUGACAGAUCGCGAGAUGGAGAUUCUCACUAAGACCACAGGGAUGGCUCAGACCCCUGAAGUCUUGACAGAUUCAUUGGAUGAAGAAGUUGCUCCUCCCAAACCCCCACUCCCUUGCAUUCGAGUGGCUGAAAACAGUCCUCCUCCUGCAUUGCCACCUAAGAAACGUCAGUCAGCUCCGUCUCCUACUAGAGUGGCUGUUGUCGCACCUAUGAGCCGAACCACAAGUGGAUCCAGUUUACCCAUUGGAAUCAACAGACAGGAGUUUGACUCAGACUGCUAUGCUCAACGGAGACUGUCAGGCGGCAGCCAGUCCUAUGGAGGGGAGUCCCCACGCCUGUCCCCAUUCAACAGCAUGGGCAAGCUCAGCAAAUCAGACGAGCAGCUCUCCUCGUUGGAUUGUGACAGUGGACAGUGCUCCCGCAACACAAGCUGUGAAACAUUGGAUCAUUAUGAUCCCGACUAUGAGUUCCUGCAGCAGGACCUCUCCAACACAGAUCAGAUACCUCAGCAAGCACCUGGUGUCCUCAGUCCUCUGCCAGAGUCUCUGGGGGAGUCCGGAUCCCCAUUUCUUGGACGCACUUUCCAGCUGCCAGAGCACUGCAGCCCCACGGUGACUACUCAGGCACCUGAGAUUCCUCCAGCUCUUCCAGAGAAGAAAAGGAGGGGGACAGCUGCCUCCACCUUUGACACCUCUGGCUGCAGGGUCUUGCUGGAGAGACAUCCCUCGCAGUAUGAUAACAUUUCAGAGGAAGACUUACCCAACCCUGCCCUGCUUCAGGCAAUGCCCUUCACCCCUUUUGCCGCAGUGCUGCCCUUCCAGCCAGGGAACUCGCCAGCCCCCGUCGAAUUCCUGCCAGACUUUGUCGUUCCAAUACCCACUGGUGAUUUUGAGAAGCCACCGCCUCUGCCGGAGAAGAAGAACAAACAUAUGAUGGCCUAUAUGCAGUUUGUUGAAGAUUACUCCGAGCCACAGCCAUCUGUGUUCUACCAGACACCACAGAAUGAACACAUCUACCAGCAGAAGAACAAACACCUGAUGGAGGUGUAUGGUUUCAACGACUCCUUCAGCAGCGCUGACUCUGGCCAGGAUCUGGCCCCACCUCCUGCCCUCCCACCAAAACAGAGGCAGCUGCAGGUCUCUUUUGCUGCCUCCUCCUUCUCCUCUGUCUCCUACUGUGUCCAGCCACCUAAAGUGCCCUUCGCCCCUGAGGACAUCUGCACCGCUCAGGGCCUCAGUAUGUCCAUCUCUAAUUCAUUCCUCCACCAGCACAGUUCCUUCCCUGUGCACUCGUACAAAUCAGUGUUCAGGUCGUACUCGCAAGACUUUGUGCCUCGCAACCAAGUGUCCAUUCCUCCUUUUCUCUCAUCUACCUCCACCACUUCCUCCUUCUCCCCACCUUUGCCUUUUCUGCCUGUCAGCCACCAGUCUCUGGACUCUGACCUGGCGACAGUGCCAGCCGUGGCUGGCCAGCCUCCCGGCACAGUGGAUGGGGCCACCCCUUCUUCUCAGGAGAGCAGCUUUAAUGGGACAGCUUCUGUCUGCCUUCCUUCUGAAUCCUCUUUCAUUGAUUCUCUCCAAACAUCUUCGAGUGAAAACGCCGGUGAGGAGGCUGGGGAGGGGGAGUACGUCAAUCUUUAUUCCUCUGGCCAAAGCAACGGGGAACUCCCUCACUCUGAAGGAGAGUUGCCAGGAAUCAAAGAUGGCCCAGCAAAGGAUUCUGCCUCUCAGAGCAGUGACCCCAGAAAGGAAAGCCAAGAUGAGAGUGACAGGCAACAGAAGACACCAGACUCUUUGGAGUCCUCCCAGCUGGAAGAAGAAGUCGACGAGCUCUCUCUGACAGACCACAAUGAAAUCAUGGCAAGGCUGACGCUGAAGCAGGAGGGUGAUGAUGGACCGGAUGUACGUGGAGGAUCGGGAGAUAUUCUCUUGGUCCAUGCCACCGAGACUGACAGGAAAGAUUUGGUGCUGUAUUGUGAAGCCUUCUUGACAACCUACCGAACUUUCAUCACCCCAGAAGAACUCAUCAAAAAGCUGCAAUACAGAUAUGAGAAGUUUUGCCACUGUCCAGACACCUUCAAGAAGCGGGUCAGCAAGAAUACUUUCUUUGUCCUGGUCAGAGUAGUGGAUGAGCUUUGUUUGGUAGAGUUGACCGAAGAGAUCCUCAGGCUCCUCAUGGACCUCGUGUUCCGUUUAGUUUGCAAUGGAGAGCUCAGCCUUGCCCGAGUCUUGCGCAAAAACAUCCUUGACAAGGUGGACCAGAAGAGGAUUCUGCGAUAUACUAACUCCAUCAAACCUCUUGCAGCCCGCUGGGUAGCAGCCAGGCCAGGUACUCUCCAUGAUUUCCACAGCCAUGAGAUAGCUGAGCAGCUGACUCUCCUGGAUGCAGAGUUGUUUUAUAAGAUUGAGAUCCCUGAAGUCUUACUGUGGGCAAAAGAGCAGAAUGAAGAAAAAAGCCCCAAUUUGACCCAGUUCACUGAGCACUUUAAUAACAUGUCCUACUGGGUCCGCUCCAUCAUUAUGCAGCAGGAGAAAGCACAAGAUCGAGAAAGGUUACUCCUCAAGUUUAUCAAGAUCAUGAAGCACUUACGGAAGCUCAACAACUUCAACUCCUACUUGGCCAUUCUCUCUGCACUGGACUCGGCGCCUAUCCGUCGCCUUGAGUGGCAGAAGCAAACCUCAGAGGGCCUCGCCGAGUACUGCACUCUGAUUGACAGCUCUUCCUCCUUCCGGGCCUACCGAGCUGCUCUUGCUGAGGUGGAUCCACCUUGUAUACCUUACCUAGGUCUUAUAUUACAAGAUCUGACCUUCGUGCACCUGGGGAAUCCAGACUACAUUGAUGGCAAAGUCAACUUUUCCAAGCGCUGGCAACAGUUCAACAUUCUGGACAGUAUGAGGUGUUUCCAGCAAGUGCAUUAUGACAUCAAACGGAACGACGACAUCAUCUCCUUCUUCAACGAUUUCAGCGACCAUCUGGCCGAGGAGGCUUUAUGGGAACUCUCACUCAAAAUUAAACCUCGAAACAUAACGAGACGAAAGACAGACAGAGAAGAGAAAACCUAGGGGGAGGAGCAUGAGGGCUGCGGGUGUAGAAAGGAUUGCUGGGCAUUCGCACGGACAGCGGUUAGCAGACUCGGACCUGUGACUGGGCCAUGCCCCCCCUCCCCAGCCAGAUCCAGACUGUGGGCUGUCUUGGUGGUGAGGCUGUGGCCAUUGGCAUGUGCUGUCCUUCCCAUCAAGCUGUGGGAGAGAACUGCCAAAGUGUUCUGCUCUCCUUCUGCUGCGAAUCAGUGCCAUAGAUUAGCUUUUCAGUCCAGAAUGAGAGAGCACUGGAAAUUGCGGGAUCAGUGCCAGCAUGUUUCCACUUUGCCAAAUUUGAGUUUUUAUAUGCGUGAAAAGAAAGAGAAGAGAGGUCCUUUGCCUCUGUUUCUGCACACUACAUGAGGAGGAGAGAAGAGCAGAGAGGCUGUAUCUCACAUCAAGCCGCAUAUGCUUCUGUGCAGAAGGCGAACAUGGGGUGGUUGUCAGGGAUGCUUCCCUGUUACACCCCCCAGGAGAGUCAUCUUAAAUUAUUUCUCCACAUGAGAACACUGGAGGGAGAGAAGGAGGAUGUUAUGUUCUUCCUCGCAGAGUUUGUGUUUACAGGGAUGUAUGAUUCCACAUCUCCAGGAUGGAAAAGGAAUGAUCCUCCUGACAGCAUAGGGGUCCCCCUCAGAUCUCCUCCUCUAACUCAACUGGGGGUCUCUCUCCUCAUGAACUUGGGAAUCUGGAAUCACUGGAGGUUCUGUGCCAUCCCUUCUCCCUUGCCGUGGGGUGCAGGCCUUAUAAUUUAGUCAUGGUACUAGCUGUAACACAGUAAAUAUGUAGAAAACAAGACCAUCUGUAAAUAUGAAUCUCUAGGUGCCGUCAGUUUCUUUUUGAUUUGAUGCAUGCAUGAAUUGCCAAUGUUUUUUUAAGAGGAAACUUUAAAAUGCAAAGCAAUCUGUAUAGGGGGACAAAGAAUCCUCUACUCUACGAAGAUGUUGUCAGAGCCAAAUUUGAGUUAGGACAUAAGUUGUAGGUCAAAUAGCUAUAUUUUGAGCCUAAGGUGGAGAGAUAAUCCAAGCUGCCCUCCCCAUUUCUCAUGAACCCUCCAUAAGCCUUACUGCAGCGAGUCUUGAUCAACUCCCCUAUUUGUUCUCUUGCAGCAUAUGCAAGACAAUGUCCUAGUGAAUUGUGCCUCACUUCCACCAUCCCACCCACCAGCAGGUCAGCUCUGCCCAUCUCCCAUUCCCCUGCCAUUCAUGGCACUGGAAAUCUGCCUCCUGAGACUGACUGCCUCUCUGGUGGAAGUACUUCCAAACUGGAAUGUUUGGGAUUUGCAGUGCAAAAGGAAGAGAAGAAAGAAGAAAAGAGGUCAUCUGUGUGCAUCUUCUCCCAAACCCUUUGGGAGUUAAUGUAAAAGCCUUUUCCCAGAAUGUCACUGCUGGUAAACAUUGCCACAACAUCUCCUGCUGGAAACUUCCAUCAUAAAAACGCCCUUGUCAUAUAGCUGAUUGUGAAAGCUUGGCAACUUUCUCGUCUCAGCAUGCCAUCAUGCUGGGAAUAUAAGCUGCCAUAGGUCUUGAGCUGCAGGUUGCCUGUAGGAUCCGAUGUGGGGAUCUAAGUGUGGCCAAGUGCAAUACUAAUUAUGCUGCCCCAGUCUUCCUGACCUGAACCUGCAGUCCUAAGCUGCAUUGCUAAAUGGUGCAUUGGUGGCAAGUUGGGUUGGCCCCAUCUAUCCCAUUUGUCAUUUAUUGUGGGGGAGCCUGCUGGUACCUUUUUUCUCCAAAAUGUUAUGUUGCUGUGCUGCCACUGCUUGAAUUUCUUCUUAAUUCAUAGUUUUCUUUCUACUCCCCUUCCUUCCCCCUCUGUCCUCUGAUAGUCAUCUCCAAAAAGGAGACCAUGUGUCCCUGCCAUGUUUGAAUUCCCACAGUUGUGAAACCAAUAGUCCAUAUAGUCCCAGAAGCUUUGGCCCCAUACAGACAGGCCAAAAUAAAUCUGCUUCGGGUCACUUUGGAGGUAUGCUGUUUAAAUGAUGCAUGCUUCCUAAGAGGCCAGAAGCUGCACCAAAGCUGCACUCCAGU